AUGACGAAUUCCUCCGAUAAUUCGGUCGCUGGAUAUGGAUUCGAGGUGAUGAUGGCCAAGCUGGACUUUCUUCAGUACAAGUUGUACGAGAUCGAGCUCGGGUUGAAGGAGCGUGACGAAGAGGUAAAGGAAAAGCUGACGAAACUCGAGAACUCGAUCGACGGCAUUCAGUGGGAGAUGCAUCGGCACGAUCGGGAUGCUGGACACAACUUAACGGUGCUGAAGGCACACACCCAGCAGAUCCUCGCUCAGCAAACAGCGUGUGCUAGUCACGAACAAAUGCGGAAGGAGAUCGCACAAUUCAGUGCAAAUACAACGCGUUUUAAGCAGAGUCCGCUGUGGUACGUACAGAAAAGCUCAUCAAUCUCGCGAAUCAACGGACCGUUUAAAUCGUGCAAGGAGGCACCAGCAAACUCAUCUGGCGUUUAUCUGAUCCAGCUGAGUGACAACGAAUCUCCUUUUGGUGCGUUUUGUGAGCAGAAUAGCUUCGGCGGCGGAUGGUUGGUUAUUCAGUAUCGCUACGACGGAUCCCUCGACUUCUAUCGAAACUGGACGGAGUACCAAAAAGGAUUCGGAAGCGUAGAUCGAGAGCACUGGCUUGGAUUAGAACGGAUUCACCAGGUGACAUCGCGACGACAGCACGAGUUACUGAUAGAACUGAAGGAUUUCAAUGGAACUUACAAAUUUGCCCGUUAUACAAACUUCACGGUUGGUACCGAAUACGAGCAAUACGUUUUAAACAAUUUGGGAACUUAUACUGGUACAGCGGGAGAUUCGCUGGUGUAUCAUAAAGGUAUGAAAUUUUCUACAGUCGAUAGAGAUAACGACGAGAGUAGUGACAAUUGUGCGAGUAAGUACAAAGGAGCAUGGUGGAACAAAAACUGUCAUCAUUCAAACCUAAAUGGUCUAUAUAAGAACAUAGAGGAUUCUAAAGCGAAUUUGUGGUACCAUUUCAAUUCCAAAGAUCAUGGAUUAGCAUAUUCCAAAAUGAUGAUCCGAGAAGUUUAG